CGCCGCGCCAUGGCCUACCUUUGUUGACUUCACCUGUUAUCGUCCCUCCGAUUCAUUUCGCUUCCCCUUCAACAAGUUUAUGUACCACACUCACAAUAUCCCCUCCUUCCAGCCUUCCAGCAUCGAAUUCCAACGCAAGAUCCUCCAGCGCUCUGGCCUCGGUGACGACACCGCCCUCCCCGCCUCCCACCACGUCAUCCCCUUUCGGCCUACGAUGGCUGCCUCCCGCGCCGAGUCCGAGCUUGUCAUAUUCUCGAUGCUCGACUCUCUAUUCGAGAAAACACGGCUCCGACCCAAGGCCAUCGACAUAUUGGUUGUCAACUGCAGCCUGUUUUCGCCUACGCCGUCCCUGACGGCUAUGAUCGUUAACAAGUACAAGAUGAGGAGUGACAUUCGAAGCUACAAUUUAGGCGGGAUGGGCUGCAGCGCGGGUCUGAUAUCCAUCGACCUCGCCGCAGCGCAGCUCCAUGCGCACAAAAACUCGACGGCUCUUGUUGUUACCACGGAGAUUAUAACAGAGCACUGGUACACCGGGAACAACCGGUCGAUGCUCCUCGCCAACUGCCUCUUCCGGAUGGGCGGCGCCGCGAUUCUCCUCUCAAACAAGCGAUCAGACUCUGGCCGCGCGAAAUAUGAGCUUGUCCACGUCGUCCGGACCAACCACGCUGCCAACGACGAGGCCUACCGCUGUGUCUACCAGGAAGAGGAUGGUGAGGGCAACAUUGGAGUUUCGCUCUCGAAAAACCUGACGGCCAUCGCGGGCGCCGCCCUCAAGGAAAACAUAACCACUAUAGCUCCCCUAGUCCUCCCCCUGUCCGAACUCUUGAGAUGGGCAUUAGGGUACAUCAUGAAGAAGCGGUACAUGCCGGAUUUUCGAAAGGCCUUUGAGCAUUUCUGCAUACACGCCGGAGGGAGGGCGGUGAUCGAGGAGCUGUCGAAGAAGCUGAAACUAACGGAGGAGCAGGUGGAGCCGUCGAGGAUGACGCUGCACCGGUUUGGGAACACGUCGUCGUCGUCGCCUUGGUAUGAGCUGAGCUAUGUUGAGGCCAAAGGGAGGAUGAAGAAGGGGGAUAGAGUUUGGCAAAUUGGGCUUGGGAGCGGGUUUAAAUGCAACAGCACAGUCUGGAAGUGUAAGAGGGCUGUGAACAUGGGAGGGGAUAAUCCUUGGGCUGAUUGCAUUGAGAAGUAUCCGGUGAAAGUGCAGGAACAUUGAGGGGCAUAGCCAGGGUUAAUAAUUUAUGCAUGAUUUAAGGAUGUAUGCAAAUUAAGAUUUGAAUAAACGAGAUAUUUGUUAAA